AUGAGCGUUACUAUGUGCCUGGUGUGGAGAUACAGAUUCGUCGUGUCCAUCAUUUUGGUCGUUGUGCUCUGUGAAGUGUUUGCAUCAGACGCACAACCAAUCGGAAAAGUUUAUCCACGCGGGAAUCACUGGGCUGUUGGACACUUAAUGGGCAAAAAAAGCACAGAUGACCAGGACAUAUCAGAAGAUUCAAACGACGAUGCUGUGACCUCUGUGAGCCCGGAUCAGGAUCUGCAGCUGGAGAGAUACAGCAAACAUCUGCCUCUCCGGCUGUAUGCGCUCAUGAAUGAACGAAUGACACAGGAGAACCCGCAGGACAACACAGAGGUCAACGCUUUAAAACUGAUGCAGCGCAUGAUCGAAAAGGGACGCCAGUGGGAGGAAGAGAGAGAUGACAGAGCUGAGAAAGUGGCUGAGGACUUGUUACGGGCUUUAAGAAUGCAGUACGAGGACGAAAGCUGAGGACAAACUGGCUAAAAGACUGUGAUUUGAAGCUGAACAACUGGCUCCAUCAGAUACAAACCUCUUUAGUCAACAACAUAUCAAUAAGCAUGUUAUAUUUUUCUAUGUCGAUAUAUGAAAUACACAUAACCCGAGUGUCUUCAUUCUGUACAUUUUCAGCUGUUGUUUUAUAAACUCAUCUUACUGGCAGCCAUUGUAGUCAUGAUACAAUUGUAUGAUAAUAUUUAAUAAACUUGAACUUGUUGGGCUUUCUGCGGUUUAUAAAAAAUGACUGUUUUGCAUAUCAUUUGA